AGAGAGAGAGGCAGGGAGAGUGAGAGAGAUCCAUGACCAUCUCCCGGGUGUUUAAAAAACUAACUCAGGACAAUAGCAGCGAAUGAGCGCUUAAUUAAAUUAAUUAGUCCUUCUUGUCAAUCUCGGAUUAAUGGCCAAUAGCGGCGGUGCUGCUUAAUGUUUUUCUUUUCUUUUUUUUUUUUUUACUCCUCUCCUCUCUCUCUCCCGUAUCAGUGAAGGGGAAGGGGGGCUCAUCCCGGCAUCCUGAGGGGAGGUAAUUUGCACGGAUCAAGGGGGCAAGGCGCCGCAAAGUAUAAAUACUGUGACUUCAAUAGAGGAUCACCAGCAGGUUCCCAACUCCGCUAACCAAAGGAGGAGGAGGAAUUGGCUGAGAAGAAGAGCCUACCUUCAUAUAUUUUUCACCUUUUAGCCAGAGUUUUGGCUGCAUCACCUUGUGUCGUUUUUUCAAGGGGGUCGACUUUAAAACGAGCAACACCAUUGAUGUCUUAAGCUGUCGUGGAGCAAAGGGAGAGAGUGUGUGUGAGUGUGUGGUGUGUGUGUGUGUGAUUUUUUUUAAAGAGGAGAGAAGGCAGUGAUGGAAGAGCUCACCGCUUUCGUGUCUAAGUCUUUCGAUCAGAAAGUGAAGGAGAAGAAGGAAGUGAUAACCUACAGGGAGGUGUUGGAGACCGGCUCGACGCGAGCAGGGAGCAGGGAGGCUUUAUCCGCGGAGCCCGGGAGCCGAGAGGAGGCGGCCGCCGUUGCCCGGAACGUUGCGCUCUCGCCGGGCAGGGAAACGGACAUGCUCGGCCCGGAAAGGAUCAGGGACGCCGGGAGCCCCAAACUCAUUGACGGCACCACGGACGUGAAGGAAAGGAAAGAGGACUCGAAGCCCAUAGAGGACGAGACACAAACUAAAAUCAAACAGAGGAGAAGUCGGACUAACUUCACAUUAGAGCAGCUCAAUGAGCUGGAGCGGCUCUUCGACGAGACCCACUAUCCGGACGCCUUCAUGCGGGAAGAGCUGAGCCAGCGGCUGGGACUGUCGGAGGCCCGAGUCCAGGUUUGGUUCCAGAAUAGAAGAGCCAAAUGCAGAAAGCAGGAGAACCAGUUACAUAAAGGAGUCCUGAUUGGAGCAGCGAAUCAGUUUGAAGCUUGUCGUGUAGCGCCAUAUGUCAACGUGGGGGCUUUACGGAUGCCAUUCCAACAGGUGCAGGCGCAGCUGCAGCUGGACAGCGCCGUGGCGCACGCGCAGCACCACCUGCACUCUCAUCUGGCCGCGCACGCGCCCUACAUGAUGUUCCCGCCGCCGUUCGGGCUCCCGCUGGCCACGCUCGCGGCCGAGUCCGCGUCCGCCGCGUCGGUGGUGGCCGCCGCCGCCGCCGCCAAGAACACCAGCAAGAAUUCCAGCAUCGCCGACCUGAGACUGAAGGCCAAAAAGCACACGGCCGCGCUGGGACUGUGACGCCCGGAGGGAGGACGGACGGAGAGACACUGAACUUUUACAAAGUGAAAAAGAAAACAACAAAAAAGGACAAAGUGAGAAAAAUUAUCCAUGGACGUUAUUUAUGUUUUUUUUUCUUUUUAAAAAUGAAGGACGACGAGUAUAAAAAUAUAAAAUAUAGGCUAUUUAUGAGAUAAAGAAAAGAGACUGUGACGUGAUAGCCUACACACCACAAACACACACAUGUUGAGUUUUUGGACGCCAAAAAAAAGACAAAAAAAAGCAGGUGGACAGCGAGGCUGCGCCGCCACAUGGCCGAGGAGGCCGUCGGGACACCCCGAGGAGGAAGAGGAGGAAGAGGAGGAUGCAGCUGGGUCGGUCGGUUCUUUGUCAAACAAGGCGAACCAUUCUGCAGUUGUUCAGUUUUAAUAUUAUAUUAUUAUUGCUAUGAUUUCAUUUUGAACCUAUAUAGAGGCUGGCCUCGGUAUAUUUCAAAAAACACUUUUCUCUGUAAAAGGACAGAGCGGGAAUUCUGUGACAAAAAAAAGAAAGAAAAAGACAAUAUCUGAAAUGUUUCUCCCUUCUCUGUUUCUUCUUCAGCAGUGUUGUGCAUGAGUUCACGGAUGACGUGAUGUGAGCCCUCCUCACCCCUCUCCCCCUCUUUUCCCUCCCCCCUGCCUCUCUCUCUCUCUCUCUCUCUCUCCCCCCCCCCCUCAGAGGAAGGGUAACUCUCACUUGAAUGUUUGGCCUAUUUGACCUCCUCUAAACACAUGUGCAGGCUAUGCUGAACUUUUCUUUUUUGUCAGGAUAACCCGAUCUAGUGUCCCAUAUUUCCAAGGUGAUUUGUCCCCCCCUUCUAAAGGAGGGCAUUAUGUCAUAAACACCAUCCUCUUCAACACAGUGAACAAAAACACUCACAGUAACACGAGGACUGUAUGCGAACCGGUACGGGCACGUGUAAAAUAUGUUUAUACACAAGAAACAUGCAUUAUUUUUAUUAUUUAGUGGCUUUAUGAAUGCCUUGUGGGGAAUUUGUUUAAUUUGUAUGUUACUUUCAUUUCCGUGUAUUAAAAAGAUCAUGUGCUUUCUGUAUGUAAUUUUGAUGUUUUUAUAACAGUGGAAGUGAACUCACCUGAGGCACGGGUUUCUUAAAAAAAGAAGAAUAUUCAUGAAAUUGUUUUACCUAUUUUUUCCAUCACAUGUGAAACGUGAAUCCACCUAAACAAAAAUGUUUUUCGUUCCUAUAAUAAAUUAACUAAAGUUUC